GCUCAUUUGGUCCAGCUGCCCCUCGUCUAUAAGCCGAUCGGUAGUGGAGCGAGCGUAGCUAGGAGACGAAGAUGGAGGCUGCUCUUUUGAGCGGAUUCAUCAAGGUUAUCCUGCCUAGGCUCUUCUCUCUGAUUGACGAGAAAUACAAGCUGCACAAGGGCGUCAAGAGCGACAUCAGAUUCCUCGUGAAGGAGCUCCGCAUGAUCGUCGGCGCCAUCGAUGACGAUGACGACGAGCUCUCGACAGCCUCGUCUACGGCGCGCCUGUCGAUCCAAGAUCUGCGCGAACUGGCUCACGGCAUAGAGGACUGCAUCGACGGCCUGAUGUACCGCGCGACCUGGGAGGAGCAGUCAUCCUUCUUCCGCCGAAGCGUCCGGGCCCCGAAGGCGCUCAAGACCGGCGCGCAGCUCGCUCGGGAGAUGCAGCGGCUGAGGCAGAUGACGAGGGAAGCGCACGAGCGGAAGCAGAGGUACUUGGUCGGCUUCCCCGCCGCCGCCGGGGCCGGCCAGUCCUCCUCUGCUACCCAGCUGGUGGAUGAAUCGCCCUCCUCCCCUUCCGAUCCGCGCAUCCUUGACGCAGAUCUGGUCGGCGUCGACGAGCCCCGGGCGGAGCUCCUGCAGCAGCUGGCCGAUGGGGAGCCGAGGCAGCUCAAGGUGAUCUCCAUCGUCGGGUUUUGCGGCCUGGGAAAGACCGCCCUCGCCGCGGAGGUGUACAACAGAGAAACCGGCAGCAACAGAUUCGAGAAGCACGCGUGGGUUUAUGCGGCGCUCAAGAGCCCCAGGGAGGUGCUGGCGGACAUGCUCUGGAAACUUUGCUCCGACGCCCGUUCUUGCCAGGGGGAGUGUGUUCUGCAGCCCUCCGAUGUCGGCCAGCUCUGCGUAGAACUCAGACAGCAGUUGGUGAGGAAGAGAUAUAUCAUUGUAAUUGAUGACAUUCGAACAGAAGAUCAGUGGAAAACCAUCAAAUCAGCCUUACCAGCAGAUAAGGAUGUUAGCAGCAGAAUUGUUGUGACGACGACUAUUCAGUCAGUGGCUAAUGCCUGCAGCUCUACUAAUGGCUAUGUGCACAAAAUGAGCAGACUUGAUAAGAUAUGCUCAGAACAAUUGUUCGCCAAGAAAGCUUGCCCGGACAAGUAUUCAUGUUACAAGCAGCCUGAUCCAGCAGAAGUUUUGAAGAAGUGUGAUGGCCAACCACUUGCGCUGGUGACAAUAGGUGAAUUCUUGCAAUCAAAGGGUUGGCCAACAGGACCUAGCUGUGAAGAUGUCUGCACCCAGAUAGGUUAUCACCUGGAGAACGAUAAGAGCUUCGAAAAAAUGCGACGGGUGCUGAUUCGUAACUACACCACUCUGCCUGGACAUGCUCUCAAAGCCUGCUUGCUAUAUUUUGGUAUGUUCCCGAGUGAUCGUCCCAUCAGGAAGAAAAGUCUUUUGAGAAGAUGGUUAGCGGAGGGAUUUGUAGAACCGCUACCUUCGCCUAGCACCCUGGAUCCCAUAGCUGCUUUUGAUGUGCUCAUGGAUCGGAACAUCAUUGAGCCGAUCAAUGUGAGCAACAAUGAUAAUGUGAAAACUUGCCAAACAUAUGGCAUGAUGCGUGAGUUCAUUUUGCACAUGUCCAUAUCUCAGAACUUCGUCACACUAUUUUGCAAUGACAAGGCAGAGCCCAAAUAUGUGCGUCGGCUUUCUCUCCAUCAUAGCUCUGCUACAGAUGCUGAUAGAUUCAACAAUGUCGAUUUAUCGCUUGUGCGGUCUCUAGCUAUCUUCGGUAAGGCAAGUGAAACUGUAUUGGACCUCAGCAAGUACUAUCUUCUUAGAGUAUUAGAUCUUGAAAAAUGUGAUGAGUUGAAGGAUGAGCAUCUCAAAGACAUAUGCAACCUUCUGCUUCUGAAAUAUUUGAGCAUUGGGGGUGGUGUUACCAGAAUUCCAAGGGAUAUUGCAAAACUGAAACAUUUGGUAUCACUUGAUGUAAGGAGAACAAAGGUAAAGAUACUGCAUGUAGAAGUCCUCCAGUUGCCGUGUUUAAUUCACUUAUUUGGGAAGCUUAAAUUUCCAGAUAGAGUCAAGCCAAAGAGUGAAGUACAUGAGUUUCUCUCCAAAGGGAAAAGUAACCUAGAAACACUAGCAGGAUUUGUUACCGAUGGAAGUGGAGGGUUCCUGCAUCUUAUAGGUUACAUGAAUAAAUUGAGUAAGGUAAAGAUUUGGUGUGAGUCGCUGGCAGGUUGCACUGACCGAACGGAUCUUAAGGAGACCAUUCAGCAGUUUAUUCACGACAAAAAACAGGCAAAUAUCGGUUCCCGAUCUCUAUCGCUUCAUUUUGACAAAUGCUGUAAAGACUUCCUGAAUCCCAUAAAAGGACCCUGCUAUCUCACCUCUCUGAAAUUACAUGGCGACUUGGCUGCUUUGCCUCAGUUUGUUGUUUCACUUCGGGGUCUGAAGGAGUUAUGCCUUUCGUCUACUAAAUUGACAACGGAUGUUCUUGAAGCUUUGAGUAAUUUGAGCGACCUGCAGUACUUAAAACUAAUUGCUCACGACCUUGAGAAGUUCAUCGUAAGAGAUCAGGCGUUCUGCAGGCUUCUACGCCUUUCUUUGGAGCUUCAGCGUCCAACUUUCCCAACAAUAGAAGACGGGGCUUUACCCUUCCUUGUUACACUUCAGCUGCUCUGUAAAGAUCUACAUGGCCUUUCCGAUGUCAAAAUAGACUGUCUCAAACAUCUUAAAGAGAUCACGCUUGAUCCUAGAGUCACUUCAACAACAAGAGAAAAAUGGGAGGAGGCUGCUAAGGAGCAUCCGAACAGGCCAAAAAUUUUGCUGUUCAAAUCUGUUGAUUCAUACCAAACUGAGCCGACAGACUAUUUUAUAGUGUCAGAUCCAGCUGAAAAUGCGACUACAGAAAGUUACAUUGCAUCGCAGGGAUCACUUCAAGAACCUGAUAUUCAAACACUGCUGAACCAGGAACUGGGAUCAUCUUCUAUGAUGAGGAAACAGAACAAUCCUGUUUUCAAUGGUAUGGGGCUUUCGGAGGUUUCUUCUCAUUUAAGAUGACUCGGCCAACGG